UUUUAACAGUCUCGAUCCAAGUAAACUUGUAUUUCCGCGUAUUUUUAGUUUUAAAUUUUAUCAAUUUGUAACGGUUUACUUGAUAAUUAUAAAAUAUUUGGUUUUUUUUUUUUUCGGAGUGUAGUGGACUAAGUGGAACUAUGAUUAUGAUUAUAAUCAUGUGAUUGGUGAUUUAUUUGUUUAAAUAAGUAAAAAAAUAAAAAUCAUGAAAAAUAGAUACUGGAACUUACUUAGAGAUUUAUUUGUUCUUGCUCUACUAAAUGGUGUCAGCGGACUGAAAGAUGUCAAGGUGGAAAUACCAGAAGCUGUUGCAGUCGGCGCUCAAGUGACGCUCACCUGUCAGUACGAUUUACAGACUGACGUUCUUUACGCAGUGAAGUGGUACAAGGGUAAGGAUGAGUUCUACAGGUUUGUACCCAAGGAGUUGCCGCCAAUAUCGGUGUUUGGUGAACUAUUUGCUCAUAAUAUUGAUAGGACAACAAGUGAUGCUUAUCAUGUAACAAUAACAAACGUAACGACUGAAAUGGAGGGAAGAUAUCGUUGCGAAGUAACAAACGACAUACCGCACUUUCAUACGCUAUUUAAAAAAGGAUACAUGCACGUAGUCAGUCUACCUCAAGGUACUCCCGAGGUGCUCGUUGAGAAGCAGAGAUACGCGAUUGGGGAGACAGUCAAAGCCAACUGCACAACUCCACCCAGUAAUCCAGCCACUAAUGUCACUUGGACUGUCAACGGAAUUCCGUUGAAUUCAACUUAUCAACGCAAUAUACAACUGAGAAACGACAAUCGAACACGAGCAUACGCCGAGUUGGAUUUUGAGAUAACCCAGGACAGCUUCAGUAACGGGAGGCUCCAGAUCUCUUGUCAUGCAAAUGUCUUCCAACUUUACAAGAAAGAGGCGAUCGCGCUAAUAGACGAGGAGCGUCCGAGACUGGCAUCCGUACUUGGGACCCGAGACUCUCCUCACACCAACGGCGUAUCAAAACACACCGCAGAGUGGGUGUUGUGCGUGGUAACAGCCAGUAAUUUUGUGCUUCGCGGUCUCAGAUAACACCAAUGAUCAUGUACAAUUUACAUCACCAAAUUUGACAGAUAAACCAGAAUGAUAAUGAGGAACUGGAGCCUAAGUUGCAGAAGAAAAAAAAAAUAAAUAAACAAGUGAUUUAAACUGAAACGCGUGAAUCAAAUUAAUGAUAAUAAAAUAUUAAUUAAUUAAAAAUAAAAAAAUGAAUUUAAUAAACAAAUGGAUGAUUGAGUUAUUCGUGUAAAUAGAAUUAUUUACAAUUAGCAAUCUUAAUUAAUAAUUAAUUAAUUAAAAAAAAAAAACCGCGGUCGUCGCGGGUCACUGUCACCCGUUGGCGAGUGAUUUUGUCUUA